CCGCUCUGUUUAUUUAUAAACGGCAAAUUGGCCGAGCAACCCCUCAAAAGAAAAGUGCGAUUGGAGGUGCCGCAUCGAGGGGAGGAUUGCAAGGACUUGGGACUGCGACGGCAAGCAGGAGACGCACCUGGAAGAGCCGCUGGAAGGCGUAGUAGCCGCAGGACAGCGCCACGAAUAUCCAGAAGACCCCGUUUAUCAGCAACAUGUCAUCCGCUUUGGCCAAAAUCGAGGACUUUCCCUCCGAUCCCGUGGAGUUCUUCAAGGAGAUCCUCCAGGCAGCUGCCCAGGGACAUCCCGAGGGCUUUAUGCAGGAAAUGAAUCUGGCCACGGUGGACGACGAGUUCGGAGUACUCAAUCGCACCGUUCUCUAUCGAGGACUCACCCAGGAUAACUUUGUGUUCUACAUAACGCAUCGGUAUACCCGCAACUUUAAGAACCUUCAAGCGAAUCCCAAGGCCUGCAUCACCUUCUAUAUGCCGGAUGUCAAGGAUAAGACGGGAAAUCUGAAUACCUGGCAGGUGCGACUAAUUGGGGCCACUGCAGUGGAGCUGCCCGAGAGCGAAAUGGAUGUCCUGUGGGCCAAGGAGAAUUUGGCGGCCCAAAUUAGAGGUCACAUCUGUCCUUGCGGGGAGCCCAUUGACUACGAUGAGCUCAAGGCGAAGCACGAUCAGUUCCUUGAGGAGCACAGGGGAAAGUCCAUCGAGAGGCCCAAGAGCUAUACCGCUUGGAAGUUCCAGCCGCUGCGUUGGGACUUCCUGAAGGUGGCUCUCGACCAGAUCGCCGAUCGGGUGCAGUAUCGGCUCCAAAGCUACGGAAAAUGGGAAUCCAUGCAUGUCUCCACCUAAAAAAAAGGAAAAAAGGAAACCACCUACCCAAAACAAAUACUACCCAUACAAACUUUAGACGAUUUCAUUUUAUUCAACAAUAUCUUUCUACAAACAACUAAACGUAAUAACUAACAACUAAAUUUGCUUCCUUUUCGACAUGUUUAACAUACAAUUACAACAUAGUUAAUAAAUAUUACACAAAACAGCAAAAAAAA